AUGACGAGAACGGAGGGAGGAAGACCGCACGCUCAUCUUCAUCUUGGUCUUUACCGUCUUCGUCUUGGUCUUCAUUGUCUUCGCUGUCAUCGGCCACAUCGCUUUCAUCUUCUUCGUCGUCUACCUCGGGGAAGAAAGCACGCUCCUCUUCGACGAGCCAAUUCAUCGAAAGGUAGCACCUUUUUCUCCGACAAGAUCGAGAUUGAGAUCGAGGUGGAGAUCGAAAUUCUAGGAGAAACUCAAAAGAAUGAAAAAGAAAAGAUACCACACUUUACAAUGUACUGGUAUGACAUAGUGAGCGGCCCCAACCCAUUCGGUGCCGAUGUAGCCCGAGCUCCGAUCACCAACACCUCUACCACCUUAUUCGGCCUCGUCCGCAUCAUCGACAACCCUCUUACCAAAGGCCCAACCAUGUCCUCCGACCUCGUCGGCCGUGCUCAGGGCUUUUAUGCUUCCACUUCUUUGGAGUAUGUUGGGCUCAUGAUGGUCAUGAACUUUGCUUUCACUUCUGGUAAGUAUAAUGGCAGCACUGUCACCAUUCUUAGCAGGAAUGAGGUCUCAGCUGACGUCCGUGAGAUGUCGGUCAUCGGCGGCAGUGGCCUUUUCCGGUGGUCUCAGGGUUAUGCUCAGGCCAGGACUAGCAUGGCUAAUAUGACUACUGGUGAUGUUGUUGUCAAGUAUGAUGUGCAUGUAAUGCAUUAUUAAUUUACUUCAUUUUAAUAAUUUCAUCUUAAU